UCUCUCCGGAAUAACUUUUCAAUACGUUUCUAGAGCUUGCCCGAUUCGCAUCGACAGUUAGUAUAUUUAUUCAGUGGGUGGAAGCAGAGAAAAACUUUUCCACCACGCCAAAAACAAAGAAUAUGGUGUAGGAGGACGCAUUUCCUGCAGAACAAAGAUUUUCUACUGCUUCGCACGGAUUGUAAUUUUUGUGGACGACGCACUAUCACAUCAUAAGUGUUCUUGUUGUUUCCUGAAGGUGCUAACUAGGAAUAUCAAAUUAUUAGUGAUAUUGUGCCUUCUAGUGGUGACUGGCAGUCGGCGAGUUAGAAAAUAGCUUCGACAUUGUUUUGGUUCAAGUGAUCAGCUGUUUUUGUCUUUCAUUCAACGAAGUUUUGAUCCAGAACGACGAAGAGGUGCGUAACUUAUAUCAAGCUUAAACGUACGCGGAUGUGCGGUUUCGGAGCGAAAACCUUGGCAAACAGCAGUGCUCAUAAAUCACCUUUCAGUAACAUUUGCCGCAUCGCACUAUGAUGUAGGUAGGUCUACUUGUGAGUGGAAAAUUUCAUUCGAUUCAACGUCGUUACAUAAAAGCUUCACUUCCUAGAAAGGAAAAACUAAGUGUUAGUAUAGAUGUACUGCAAUCUCACUAGUGGGGUCAAAGAACAAGGCAGGUCGGUGGAUAUCGGACGAGGGCAAUAGACUCCGACAUGUUGCUGAGGAGCAACAGCGGCAGCAAGCAGCAGUAUCUGACGUUACAUAUCGUGAUUGAAUAACUGAAGACAGGACAAGGAUCUCAUGCCAACAGACGUCGUUUGUCGUAACCUUGUGGUAACUGUCGACAACAGCUAGUGGACGUUCCGUUAAAGUUACCGGUGAUUGCCGCACUUGGAAUACGUAUGAUUGAGCGCUAGCAGCACAAACGCCAUUGCCAUUAUUCGGUAAACGAAUUGGCCUUUACCGGGGGCAUUCACACGUUCCUGAAAACGCUUGCUUCUAUGAGUUGUUACAAUCACUGUUCAAACUUUGCCGAAGACGACGACGCGUGGUUGUUGAAAGGCUAAAGUGAUACCCGUUAACCGGUAGUUCAUCUGACGCUGAACAGAAUGGGUGAAGAAAGCGUCGAGUGCAGCGAGAGCAAAUUAAUCAACAAAAACGGUGGAUACAGCCCUGUCAAACAGCUGGACAAUGGUGAUAUGAUGCGAAUCGAUAGUCACAAAAUGAUAGAGCAAAUCGAAAUCGACGAGACGACUGGUAGCACCGCUAUUUCCGCUCCGCAGUUUGAAGCAAACAGUAACGGAAAGAUCGAGGACAAACUGCUGGUAGCGGCAACGAAUGGCACGGCCGCGGUACCCUCCAAGAACCGUCAUGAAACGAUCAACAGCAAUGACCAUAACGAAGACGGCAACAGCGAUGAAAGUGAUGAUGACUACGAACUAGUGCCGCCAGACGGUGGUUGGGGCUGGUUGGUUCUAGCAGGCUCAAUGUUAGUUAACAUACUCGUACCUGGCACUAUCAAGAGUUUUGGUGUAUUGUUCGUCGAAUUUCUAGAAGCAUUCCAGGCGUCUCCAUCAGCUGCUGCGUGGAUUCCCGCUUUAUGUUACUUCCUGUAUAGUUCUCUUGGGCCGCUGUCUAGCAUAUUAUCGGUCAAAUACAGCUACCGAACAGUGACAAUUAUUGGCGGAACUUUCGCGGCCGUCGGCAUGAUUAUUACCUAUUGGGCAACAUCAAUCAAUUACUUGUAUGUGAGCUAUGGAGUUCUGGUGGGAGCGGGCGCCGGACUGUCCUUUCCACCUACUGUUUAUAUAGUAACAUCAUAUUUCGUUAAGCUAAGGGGUCUAGCCAAUGGACUGUGUAUCUCCGGAAGUGCACUUGGAUCAAUAAUUCUUCCCCCCGUGCUACGAUAUUUGCUGGUCAAUUUUGGUUAUCGGGGGGCAUGUUUGAUCAUGGGAGCAAUCACACUAAACGUGUGGGUAGCCGCUAUAUUCUAUCAACCGGUAGAGAACCAUAUGAAACGGGUCAAAAAAUCAAAGAAGCAAGACGAGCUGACUAGCGGCGACACGAUUUUAGAGGAAUCGGAAACAAACGAAGAUGCUGAGGCAGCUCAAAAUCUAACCAAAUUGGCAAUUAAACCGAAAUUUAUGAUUACCGGAGAUGAUACACCAGUAGCUACCCCCACGAUGGAGCAUAAAUCGCCUGACAUAUUCCGAUUCAAUCCACGAAACGGACUGAUUGAUAGCUUUGCGAGAAGUGUUUCGGCUGCGGCAGUGCCUGCAUCUUACCAUAGAGAAGAAGGUCUUAAUCGUCAUCGCAAAAUUAGUACACCAAUUAAAGAGGAACAUCGUAAUCUUACAUUUUCAAGCCAAUUGAAUGACUCACAGGGCUCACAUAUCCGUUUAACUCGACUAAACUCUAUGCGCAGUGGCCAAAGACCCCCAAGGCGGUCACCGUCGACCAGCAGCUUCCAGUACAUCAGCACUCCGUACCAUGGAAGUACUUUGUCAACGCAUCAACCGAAAGAGUUUGCAUCGCAUCUUUCGCUCAGAUCAAUUGCCGACAGUUUUAAACCUUCGAAGCAAUCUGGUGGAAAAAAUGAGGAUAUUUCCGGUCGAAAGAAGUUCUUCGAUCUGUCAUUGCUUAGCAAUCCCACAUAUCUAGUGAUUCUAAUUUCUAACUCCACUAAUGCAAUUGGAUACACCAACUUUAUCAUCCUUCUUCCUGCUUACGCAAUCUCGCUAGGUUUUGACAAGAGUUUGGCAGCCUAUCUUUUAUCAAUCGUAUCUAUUUUGGAUCUGGUCGGACGAAUCGGAGGAUCUGCUCUAUCCGACACCAAUCUCAUUCCUAAGACGUGGUACUUUGUUGGUGGAUUGUCGAUAUCUGGUCUCGCUCUGGCCGUACUUCCGUUAGUCAGCUCAUACACGAUGGUUAGCGUAUUUUGCGCUUUGUUUGGGUUAGCAUCCGGAACCUACGUAGGAGUGACAGCCGUAAUUAUGGCGGACAUGCUGGGUACGGAGCGGCUGACAUCUUCUUAUGGAAUCAGCUUAUUCGUUAACGGGUUACUGCAACUAGUUGGUCCUCCAAUAUGCGGUCUUAUAUUUGAAAACAUUGGCCGUUAUCAACCUCUCUUCACCGCUCUUGGAUUCAUUCUGCUUGGAGGAUCAGCUCUAUGGGGCUUCAUGCCGAUUAUAAGAAGGAAUCAACGCCAAAAAGAAAACAAGGCUGCUAUGGACGCUCAGCUGGAUGCAGAAAAGAGUUUAAUCGCAUAAAAAAGAGCGUCAGGGAUUAAAGCACAAUCGAGAACUUGAUUUUAGUAUAAUAUGCGUUAAUUUUAUUUUUUUGAUGAGUUCAUGUUUUUCCUCUUCUACAACAGCGAGUGUUCUUAAAGCUUCUUUUGUAUGGUAAUUCAUUAAUAGUAACUAGGAAUGAAACUGACAAUUUAAUGAAAAAUAAGUCUUUUAGAUAUUCAACAAACAGGUAGUCUAUCUUUUUAUUGUUUCAAUGGAAAGAACAGGACGUUAGCUUUUAGGUACAUACAUACUUCAAAGGAAAGUAGAACACAAUAUGAGUAUUAUAUUUUUAGCUAUUUACACCAAUCAAGUGAGUUAGAUACUGAACUGUUUGAGAUUUUGCUGUGUAUGAAUGACCUUAGGAUAGAAUCACAGAAUAAUCUGCGAUCUAGGAAAAUGUAACAGCUGCACGGAGAAAACAGUUAUCCGAAAACUGCGAUGUCCUAGAGAAGAUUGUCGAAAAAGUGUAAGGUGCAGCGCUAAUAUGUAAAUGUUAAUAAUCAAUUUUAUCAAUGUAACGUUUAAAUCUUUCAUUUACUGCUAGAUAUAAUAGCGACAAUUUAGAGAGAAAAGAAAUACAGCAAUGAUAA